CGGUAGCACCAUUGAAGGCACACGACUGGUAGGAGGCAAAAUGCGUCUAGCAGGUCGCACAUAACAAAGGAUUUUAUCGGUAUUUUAAACUUUUAGUUCUGGUUGCCUCGGUGUACAACAGGUCAAUGACUUACGUGUAAAUUUUCCCAGUUCAGGUUUAUUUUACACUUAUCAUCCGGGGAAACUUUUAUCGUUGUUUGUACCCACCGGUGCAGCUUUAGCUAGGCUAAAGGAAACGCAUCAAACUUAAAGCAUUGCAUUACUCACAUUAUAACCUUCUGUUUCAUUCUGACGUGUAUCUACUGCUUGCUCUGUCAUGGCCAGUAAUCCUCCAGGUCAAGCUUUUCCCAACAAAGCAAGGGUGGCAAUUCUUGCUGAGAUAGAGAAGGAGAAGAGACGACUGUUGCAGAGUCAAUCCAUGAAAACUCCUGGGGCAAGCAUCCCUCUGUCCCGUCCAAAUCUAAAGGAAUUCAGAGACAACGCAGAACAGCAACACAUCGCUGCCCAGCAGAAAGCUGCUCUGCAGCAUGCACACACACACUCAACGGGCUUCUUCAUCACUCAGGACUCCUCGUUUGGGAACCUCAUCCUCCCUGUCCUGCCUCGCCUGGAGCCGGAGUCUUGACCUUUUAACCCCACUCCCUUUCCAGUGCUCAGUGUGAGGCAAAAGCAUUGAAAUGACCCAAGUGCACAUAAGACUCUUGUCUCUUCCAGGUUCUUCCUUUAAGUCUGUGAAUUAUGGACAGUCGUUUGUUGUCUUAUAAACAAUCUCAGAGGAGUGUGAUUCCACUGAACAUUUUCCAGACCAGAAAACUGACAGCUUAUUUUUUGCUAUAAAACAGUUAAAAGACUUAGGAUAGAUGUAAAACGCCAUGUAAAGUCAUCUAGGGGCCAACACAAAUACCACAGUCAUACUGGAAACUCUGCUCUGUUGCUUAUCUGUACACUAUUGGCUUUCCAUAACAUGCAAAACCUUUAUUUUUCUUUUUUCUUAAGAUUUGCAAAGACUUUGUAUUGAUAUAGAAUAAUAAAUUGUUCCAUUAA